AUUUGUUCUUGUGCAAUAACAAAAGUGAAUAUAUGACAACGUUGCAUUCUCCUGCCAUUUGCUCUUUAAACUUUGAAACCUAACCUUAAAAUUAAACGUCAAAAGUUUAUUAUUAUAUCAUCAAUCAAAAUGUUCUCACAAAUUUGUAGGUAAAAUAUGUAUUAUUUUUACUAGUGUGGACAUAUAUGAAGUUUUAACAAUUUUUUGUGAAGUAUGAGGCCCCUUUCUCAAUUAAGACUAAUAACAUUCGACGUAACAGACACUUUACUUCAAUUUAAAACAUCCCCUGGCCAGCAGUAUGGAGAAAUUGGUGCCCUAUAUGGAAUAUCCUGUGAUAAAAAGGUUUUGGGCCAUAAUUUUAAAACCCAUUUUCGAAAAAUGAGUCAGGAACAUCCAAAUUUUGGACGUCAUACAGGUCUGGGAUGGGAAAAGUGGUGGCACACAGUUGUGAAAGACUCUUUUAAAGAGAGUGAUAUAAAUUGUGACAAUGAAAAAUUAGAUCAGGUAGCGAAUCAUCUAAUUGAUAUGUACAGUGGUUCAGGUGUAUGGCAAGUAGCACACGGAGCAUAUGGACUUUUAUCGUUUCUUAGAAGUAAAGGUGUCAUGCUAGGAGUAGUCUCAAAUUAUGAUCCUAGGUUAAGAAACAUUUUGAUCAACACCAGACUCAGGCACUAUUUUCAGUUUGUCCUUAUAUCCUAUCACGUAGGAUUUGAAAAACCUGAUCCUAAGAUUUUCCUUGAAGCCAUGUCUUCGGCCAAACUGGAAAAUCUAGAACCACAGGAAUGUUUACACAUAGGAGAUCAGAAAUCUUUAGAUUAUGAUGGUGCAAGGAACUGUGGGUGGCACGCCGUUUUAGUGAAUGAUAAAGAAAAGUAUCCAGAUAUAGAUAAAGAACAUGUUUUUAAAAGUUUGUUUGAUAUUCAUAAGCAUUUCAUUAAAACUUCUGGCGAAUCAUUAUCUUCUCAUACGGUAUAACUGUAUCAAUUUUAAAUUAAUUUAUCAUUGUUUUUGGUGAAGUUUAGGUUCUUAGAACAAAAAAAAAAACAGGAUGUGGCACUCCGAGAGAGUGACUUAGGAGGGGAAGUAUAGCUUUCUUAUCAUCUACGCGAUGAUUUUUAAUUUAAUUUAUUUUUAUUUAUUCAAUUUAAUUUUAUUUAAUGUUAUUUAGUUUUAUUUAAAUUUAUUUUAAUUUUAUUUUAUUUUAAUUUUGUUUAUUUAUUACUUUCAAUUACAGCGUCUCACUAUUUGAGUUUUAAAAUUUGAAGUUAUACUUUUUUAUGUUUUCAUAAUAUUAUGAAUAAAACGUGUCUCGUUUCCCCGUUAGUGAAAAUUGCGAAAAUUUUGAAACUUUGAUUAUUUUCUUCAUUUUAAAAAUACAAUUUACUAGUCUAUUCUUAAAUAAUUGACAUUUUGAAAAUUCCUCACAUUUCAUGGACACGCGCCAACUCGUAACUUUUAAUGACAAAAAUUUUCAAAUCAAAAUGUACACCGGCCAAUUCGUAACUUUCCUAUUACCUGACCUGCCAACUCGAAACUUUCUUCAGGUGAAUUCGAAACCAUUGAUUAAAUCUAAUACCUUAAAUCUAAACCGAAUAUUUCUUGGUUUGCUUAAAAACAUUAUAUAUUUGUAUUAUAUGUACCUACCUAUAAAAAAUAGCAAAAAUUGAAAUAUCUUAAUAAAAUAAUUGGAACAAUAUUAUAGUGUUUCUUUAACACGUAUUAUAAAUAUUAUUUACAUCAAGUAUAACUCUACACGAGCUUGGUUUUUAUCAAGUAAUUGUAAAUUCAAUAUUUAGAUGUUUAUCAUCAUCAUCAUCAUCAGUGGCGUUACAGCUCUUUAUGAGCCAAAGCCUUUUCCAGAACAAUCCUCCAUUCGCCCUUGUCUCUGGCAACUCUUCUCCAUGCUCUAAUUCCAAUAGAUUUCAAAUCAUUUUCUAGGUUGUCUUGGUACCUAAGUCUCGGUCUUCCUCUUGUUCGUUGUCCUAUCGGCCCUCUUCGGUCAAAAACUUUUCUGACUGGCAUCUUCCUCUCGUCUGAUUACAUUACCUAUUCAUCUAAGGCGUGCUACCUUAAUGAAUUUUACAAUGUCAGGCUCUUUAAAACUUCUAUACAACUCAAAGUUGUAACGCCUGCGCCACAAACCUUGUUCUUUUAUGCCUCCAUAUAUUCGUCUUAGUAUUUUUCGCUCGAAACGUUUGAGCAGUUCUUGUUCGUUCUGUGUAAAUGACCAAGUUUCUAAAACAUAUGUUAGCACUGGUCUUAUUAGUGUUUUAUAUAGUCAGUUUAAUUUUCUAGGCAUUUUUGAGGCUAUCUGUCUUCUUAAGCCAUAGUAACACUUAUUGGCGAGCACUAUUCUUUUAAUUUCUUCACUGACAUUGUUAUCUUUAGUUAGCAGCGAGCCUAAGUAUAUGAAGGUGUCGACACCUUCCAGUUCUAGGUCAUCAAUUAUUAUGCUUGUAGAUGUCGGGUUGCUUGACCUAGUGCAACACAUAUAUUUGGUCCUUUGAACAUUUAUAUUUAGUCCCAUUCUCUGUGCAGAUGCUAUUAACGACCGAAAUGCUUCAGUCGGAGAUUCUGUGGACCUACCUAUGAUGUCUAUCUCAUCUGCGUACCCAACAAUUUGUACUGAUUUGUUAAAGAUAGUACCAUUCGUAAUAAUCUGGGACUCUCGAAUUAUUUUUUCUAAUGCCAGGUUAAAUAAGAGACAAGAUAGUCCAUCACCCUGUCUUAGUCCAUUUUUGCAAUGGAAGGAAUAUUUAGAUGUUUAGCAAUGAUAAAUUAUUUAAAUACAUGUGAUAAAUUAAAAGCAAAGAGAUUUUCCAUAUGUUUAUUUUAAGUCUAAAAGAUUAUACCUUUAUUUAGUUACGAAUUCAUCGGUAGUUGAUUGGUUACCGAAAAAUUACCUGAGGGCCAGAGUUGCCAAUUGGCCUGUAAUUAGGAUGGGGUAUUAAAAUAGUUACGAAUUCACCGGGACCCCAUUUCAUCACUAUUAUGAUGUUUCGGUAACACUGUGAGGUUCUGAUGUCAUAAAACUUGAAUCGGGUAACCUUAAAGUUGUAUUAAAAAAGCCAUAUUAACAAUAUUUGAAUUGUCAAUAUUUUUAUUUUAUGAUUUAUUGUUAAAAAAACAAUAAAGUUGAUGAAAUGUACUCAGUUGAGGAAAAUGUAGCAAUAGUAAAGAUGUUUUAUAGAGGCAAUAGUGCGCGCACUGUUCAUUUUUAUUUAAUGUAUGAUAUCCUAAUAAAAGAAGCGUAAGAAAUAGAGUAAGAAACGAGGACGUUCGUAGUGGACGAUAUCAUCGAACGUAUUACAAGCCAAAAAUGGAGAUGGGCGGGACAUGUGGCAAGAAUGGAAGAUGACAGAUGGACAAAAAAUGCUUGAGUGGAGACCAGGGGCAGACAAGCGAAGCCGAGGAAGACCUUCAACGCGAUGGGCCGACGACCUCAAAGGAAUUGAGACCAAUUGGAUAGCAGAAGCGCAGAACAGAAAAAAAUAGAAAUAUCUGUAGAAGGCCUUUGUUCAAGAAUGGAAAAUCAGGGCUAAUUAAUGAUGAUGAUUCCAAUAGAAGAAUUGCAAGUCAUUUUUAAAAAGUUUGAACAUACUGGGACAGUGAUUUCUAAUUGUGUCUUUAUAAUCAAUCUUGUUAAGAUACCAAAAAAUUUAGAAAGUCAAAACGAAAUCAAUGUUUUAACAGUAUAUAUGCAGUCACUCGAGCACUUUGGGGACCUAUUGGGUUGUGAUUAUUAUAGGUCCUAAAAUCAAAAAAAGUUAAGUAAAGUUUUCCAUUUUAGUGGGGACUUUCCAUUUUUAAUUUAAUUUUCCAUUUUCAACAAUCGUUUUUUCCGAUUAUAGCGCCAUCUAUCCAUAAUUUGAAAAAAUGUUUCGAAUAAAAGUUGCUUAUUUUUACGUAAAUAAUCCAAAUCUUGAAUAAAAAUUUGGGGCUCCUAUUUAAGAUUUUAAAGUAACCCCCAAUCCCUUCUCCGUGGGGGCCGUGUUUGGUACCAUUCGAUAGAUUUUUCAAAAAUAUUAAUUAAGUGUAUUUUGCAGUUUUUCGAUCUAAUGUUUAUUUUGCGAAAUAUCGCGGGAUUUUUAUUUAAAAUUUUAAAUUUACCCCACACCCCUCUCCGCGGGGGGUCAUGUUUGGUAUCAUUCGAUAGAUUUUUGAAAUAUAUUCAUUUCGCGAAUUAUUCGCUUUUUUUUAAACUUUUUAACUCACCCAUUUCCUUACGCCCCUCUCAAAUCGUCAGAUUUUUGAAAUAUACACUGUUUUGCAUGUCCUUAACUUACCUUAUCUUAAUCUGACAAUUUUGAGUAUUUUUAAGGAUGGAUUUUUUUUCGCGCCCCCCUUAACGAACUCCCCUGUGUUAAGAGCUAAUAUAUGGUAGAAGUACAUCUGCAGGGCACCAGGUUUCUCCCCAUAUGAUAAUCUGACGCGCUCGAGUAACUGCAAAAAUCCCAGCUUGGGCUCCCCUACCAUAAGUUAUCGAACCAUUGCAGACCAGUUUGACAUUCAUAAUUCCACAGCCUUAAAGAUUUUGAAAAGAAAUAAACUCCGUUCGUAUACAUUUCAAUAUCACCAGAAGAGACGGAGAAGCUGAGAGACAAGAAGAAUUUUGUUAUGAAAUUUUAGGGAGGGCUAAUGCAGCCAGACAAUUAAAAAAACAUUUUGUUUAGCGAUGAAUGUACAUUUAGAUUAAAUAAUGAACCAAAUGUUCAAAAUUCUUAAAUUUGGUCGACAAGAAAGCCUGAAAAUAUUAUUGAAAACAAUACCUACCCAAUAUUGUCAAAAAAUAAAUAUUUAGUUAGGAAUAUUUAAAAAAUGCCAAAGGAUAAAAAUAAUCUAGUCAAGUGUCAUCCAUUUUUAUGAAAAUUAGUCACAUCCUGUGUAGAUCAGCGCCAGCACAUCUAAAAUAGUGUGAACUACUAAGCAAUAUCAUAGAUCAUUAGAAAAAAUAUUAGUCCUGUCGCCAGGGGGGGGGGGAGGUGGUACAAUGGCCUCCUUUAUUCAGAUGGACUUACCCAAGUUUUUUUAUGUAUUUUGACCCGUAGAACACGAAUUUUUUGGGUAACAGUUGAUUCAGAUGUCGAUAUGAUUGUUAUAAACAAAGAACUUAAGGAAUUACAUAACAGCGAUUUUUCGCAAAACAAAACAGUUUUUUGUAUUUUUUUGGGCCAUUCUAAGCAAAAAAUGUUCUUACAAAUUUCUUCGUAGGAUGCAUGGUUUUCGAGAUAAAUAGUGUUUCCCGUGCCUAAUGGAUGCGUUUUAACGCAUGCUACGUAGAAAUUGCCUGUUUGUAGGCGCACCUACUCGUUUGGUUUUAAAUCAGAGAUGCAUUGAAAACAUCAUUCAAGCACCAUUUGUUUAUAGCUGUGUUUAACAAUAAAAAAAAAUAAUUUUUAGCAAUUUAAAUAAUCAAAACCGAUAUAAUUUGACUUGAACUUUCAAAUGCGGUAAGCAGAAUUUCCAUUUUAUAUUUUAAUCAAGAGGUAUUCAGGUUCAAAAUCUGCAAUUUUUCGAUUUUUUGAAAGUUCAACCGCGUUUAUCUCGAAAUCUAUGCAUCCUACGAAAAAACUUGUAAGAACAUUUUUUGCUUAGAAUCACCCAAAAAAUACAAAAAAUGUUUUGUUUUAUAACAAUCUUAUGGACAUCCGGGUCAACUGUUACCCAAAAAAGUCGUGUUCUACGGGUCAAAAUACAUAAAAAAACUUAGGGUAUGUAAGUCCAUCUGAAUAAAGGAGGCCGUUGUACCCCCUGGCGACAGAACUAUAUGUUAAAACUCGCUUUUUAUUUACUUUAUUUAAAUUCAUUAUUCUAGUAACUCCCAAUAUAUUUGUAGGUGUAUCAUUUGUUAUAUAUUGGGUAAAAUUAAGAUAAUAAACAUUUAAUAUAAAUAUUAUGGUAGAUUUGUAUUGUUCCUUAUUCUGAUCUCUUACUAUAUUGUACUACUCAGUUUAGAUAAUGGUUGGUACAGCAUAAACACCGUUGCACGUCAUUAUCUACGUCAGAGAUCUAAGUUGACGUUCUUGCCAAAUGACAAAACAAUUCCUGAAUUCAUUUUAAAUCAAAUAUAAUUGCAGAAGUGGAUUAUAUAACAAAACAAAUUAAAAUUAAAUGUAAAUAAAUAAAAACGUUAGAAAUACAAAACAAGAAUUAAUUAAUAAUCUUACGUUAAAGUAAAUAAUAAAAACAAUAGAUAUAAUAAAACAAAUACUUAUAGUAAAUAAUAAAAGUAAAUAUGAAGUGUCAAAACCGCAACUGUCAAAAAAAGUGUUACCAAUUUAUUUCCGCAACUGUUUUAAAUUCGUUGUUGAAUGUGGCGCUAUUUGCGGAAGAUGUUACGGAACGGUCGCUAUGACAGUGAGCUCCUUUUAAUUCCGCUACCUCCGUCCAACGUAUGCUACUUUUGUGAAUUUGUCAAUAGACUUCCUGAAAGAUGGCGUCAAGUACUAUAUCAAUUAGGCAUUCCAAAUCACGUGAUAUAAUAUGGCUGCUGGAUGGCGAAACUGUCAUCCAUAGGCGUAUCCAAUGUUUAAACCACUUCAUAUUUAAUUUGCUAUCACAAUUUCACAAAUUUCGCUACACAAUUAACAAAAAAACAAAACCAAACAGGAUAUUCUUUACAAAUUUGUCAAUAUUCAAUGUAAACAUUAGAUACGCCACGACCACCCCCCUUAACUAUGUCUAUGGGCAUGUCAGUUUAGCCAUCCACCGACCACCACUGACAGUUCAUUGGAAUCCCUAAUUGAAAAAUAGCGCAGACGGUAAACAGUCUUUGACCAUGAUUAUGAAGUAAAAGACAAUUUAUUGUGCAGGGAUAAGUAGUAUAUUAUAACCUCACAUAUAACAGAAAGUGAUAGGCUGUCCCGAAUUUUAGUCCUGUCGCCAGGGGGAGGGGGUACACUUCGCGUCAUAUAAAACUGGUACACUUUUUUUUCCCAAUGUAAACCUGUGUUCAGACUGACAAUUAUUGUUUGUGAAUUACGUCGUUGUUGCCAUCACAUAUAACGGAAUUGCACUAAAUCUAAAUACAAAAAAAAUAACGUUUAAAAUGUAUAUUUCGAAUUGUAAUACAUAUAUUUAAAUUCCACACUUGUUCACUGUAAAGUUAUUCAUUUUGUAUUAAUUUCAAAUUAAAUUUUUAAUUUUUCCAGUGUAUUUUAUUUAUUCUACACAACUUAUAUGUAUAAUGCAGUUUUGUCCUACAAUUUACGAGAAACCAAUCACACCUCUCGAUUUGACAUUAAACAUAAUAAUUUAAAGUCAUGUCAAGAUUUAUUAUCUAUCAAUAUUUUUGAAUGGAAAUAUUUUCAUAAAUUAUAAUAAAACACGAAUCAAUGUAUGGAUACUUAAUUGAGAUGACGGAAAAUUACAAUUGUUUUAGUUUUUAGUAUAUUAAAAAAUGCGGUCUGUCGCACAGCCCCGUUUUUACCUAGUUUGAUAUAAUAUUUUCGUUGUACUGGCAACGUUGCCCUAGAAAUUAGAAUGACACUUGUGACAAGAUCAACUUACACAACUUAAAAAACACGAUUUUCGGUUAUAAGAGUUGUACCAGUUUUUUUUGACGCGAAGUGUACAACGGCCUCCUUAAUUCAGAUGGACUUAUCCAAGUUUUUUUUUAUGUAUUUUGACCCGUAGAACACGAAUUUUUUGGGUAACAGUUGAUCCGGAUGUCGAUGAGAUUGUUAUAAACAAAGAACUUGAGGAAUUACAUAACA